UGGAGGGUCUGGAGGUGGAGUGGAGAAGACCAGACUCUGAGACUUUAGUUCAUCUGUAUCAGGAUGGUGAGAGUCAAACAGAAGCCCAGCAGCAGGAUUAUCAGGAUAGAGCUCAAUUCUUUACUGAGGAGAUUCAACAUGGAAACUUUUCCCUCCGGCUGGACGAUCUGAGAGCUGAAGAUGAGGGACAAUACACAUGUACAGUUCACAGUCAGCAGGAUUCUGGAGAAAAUGUGGUUGAAAUAAAAGUUGUUUGUAAUGUUUACAUUCAGCAAGAGUCUGGUGAGACCGUGGUUCAAAUAAACGUUGAUGCUGAGCGUUUGCUAGUAUCAGGAUCGAGUCGCUCUAUAUCUGCGUCUGUGGGUGAAGACGUCACUCUGAACUGCUCUAUAGACUCUCACAUCACACUUGCAGAUAUUGAAGAGGUUUCAUGGAAGAAAACAGAUGAAGAUGAAGAUAUUAUGGUUCUGCUCUUCCAAGACCAAGUGGAUUUACCAGAGGCAUCAGAUGAGCAAUACAGAGACCGAGUUGAGUUCUUCAGUGAUGAAAUCCCCAAAUUAAACUUCUCUCUUAGACUGAAGAGU